AUGGUUGGUGGACAACAGAUUGCGGGCUUUGAAGUCUUCGGCUGGUCUGUUUCUGGCAACGAGACCUGUAUUGGCGUAAAACAGAAGUCGGCCUUCUUCCUGUUUGACGUUGGCAUAGUCCCCUCCUGGGCCAAGGCAGCUGAACACCCACUCAGUCAUGGCCAUAUAGAUCACAUUGGCGGUAUUUGUCAACAUAUGCGCAAACGCGAACUCAACAGGAUGCCCCCAGCGAAGUACUACUUACUGCCUGCUCUGAUAGAAUCGGUGAAGGCACUGUGUGCUGAGUAUGGAAAGAUGCAGAGUUCGUCAAUGCUGCAGUGUUUUCAGGAGCCGCUUCUAGUUCCAGUGGAAUCAGGCUCCACAAUUCAGAUAAAUAACCAAUGGAGUGUUAGGUCCUUCGCUACCGAUCACGCGGUGCCCAGUCAGGGCUAUAUUCUAUACAGCACGGACGACGACUUGAAGCAAACGGUCCCCGUAGUUGCCUUUACAGGUGAUACGCGUUUCUCCAUAUUCACUCACCUCGCGCAUCCAGAUCUGUUGAAAGUCAAGCUCCUAAUAGCUGAGGCAACCUAUCUGGACAGACCCGACAAACACCUGCCAAGUGCACAGUUGCAUGGCCACAUUCACCUGCAGCAGUAUGCUCAAAACGCAGACCUAUUCCACACGAUUGGGGCGCUCUACCUCAUGCACUUUUCUGAUCGCUAUUCGGUGCGGCAAAUUACGGAUCUGAUUAAUACGACUUUCCGAGAAGAUCUGUCAAGGAAAACUUACCUCUGCCUGGCUGCUAAAAGAGCUCAGAAUAUGGACUGUUAG